AAGCUGCAAAGAAGAAGCUAAAAAAGCCCCCAUAUAUUCCUCGUGCUUUAAAUCUUGGCCAAUCAACAGAUCAGUGAAACUUCUCUCUCUGUUCAUCCCUUUCUGUUUAAAUAUUAUGUCAAUUACAUCGUCAAGUUAAGAAAUGCAGAGCCUCGGACCUCGCGCAUCAUCUUCAGUAGUUAUUUCCAUUUUAUUCUGAUUUUAGCUUUGUUUCUAGCGGUGUUUGUGAGAUUUAGUUGCUGGAAAACAUGGCGAGCUCCUCUGAGAAAUCAAGUUUCUCUCAGAAAUGCAGUCUUCUGAGUCAGUACCUGAAGAAGGGAGGUAGUUUUGGAGAUCUUAGCCUAGGAUUGUCAUGCACCAUUGAGGCAAAUGGGACACCUGAGGUUCCUCGGAGGCCGGCGGCUACAACUAUGAAUUUAUUUCCAAUUAUUGAGAAAUCCGGUGAUGAUUUGCCUCAAAAUAUAUCGACCGCCCCUGCAAACCGGGAAUCAAUGAACCGCUUUCCUCAACAAACCGGUUUUGCUGCUAAGAAAGAUACUCCAGUAGAUUCAAGUUUUAAUAAGAUUGUUGCUGCGGAGCCUCAAAUUGCACAAAUGACUAUAUUCUAUGGCGGACAAGUGAUUGUGUUCAAUGAUUUUCCAGCUGAAAGAGCCAACGAAAUCAUGCUCUUAGCAAGCAAGGGAAGCUCACAGGGUCACUCUACCACGGCUCUUAAUCCUUUGGCUUCUAAGUUGUUGGCCAAAACUCCUAGUGAAUCAACCUCUGCGGUUACUACUAUGGCGAAAAAUCCAACCGAACCAAGUUGUUCUGUUCCUUCGGCCUCCAAUUUAAUUCCAGAGCAUGUUCAACCAGAGCCUAGAGCUGUUACUUAUCUACCAAUUGCUAGGAGAAAUUCACUCCACAGGUUCCUGCAGAAGAGAAAAGACAGGAUCACUGCCAGAGUACCUUACCAACCAAUUAAACCAGCGGCGCUUCCAAACAAGGCUGCUGAAAGUAAGUCAUGGCUCGGCCUAGCUGCCCAAUCCCCACAAUAAAUUGUAACAACUAUGUACUUUUUUUUUUCCAGUACUAAUAUAUCAGCAUCAGCUGGUCAUCCUUUUUUGGCAGGUUGAGCCUGCUUUCUUCAUUUUUUUUUUUUUAAAUUUGCUCCAAAUUUGUAUUUGGCUACUUUUAGGAAGGGUUCUUCUGAGCUUACCAUAUUUUAACUAGAGUUUAGUAUAUGCUAGUUGUAAUGAAUAAGUGUAUGUUACUGUUAUUUUCACCCUUGGAUGUCUAUGGUCAAAGAAUUAAAGGGGCCAAAAAAUUGGUCAACUUUGGUGGUGUUGAA